AUGGAUUCGGCCCAGGGUUUGAACAAAAUUCCACCAAAGCCUCCUGAUGUUUCUCGGAUUCCCACCAUAGCCCCAAAGAAUUUGCUUAAUUUCUCACCCAAACCACCAGACAUAACCCGAAAUUUCGCGUCUUUAUUGAAAAAACCGUCGAACAUGGAAACUUCUCUACAUUUUCCGUCUGCAUCAGCGUCAAAUUCGCUUUCUUUUGUGGAUCCUUUAGGUGGUAAUACCAUCAUUCCUAUGCUUCCUAACCCUCAUCUUCAUCAUAACCAGUCAACUGUUCAACUCCCGUCACCAUCAACUCUUCCCUUGACCGUGGGCUCUUCUGCGAACAUUCAAAUCCCUGCGCCUGAGUUAGGUUUUCAAAUUCCUAAUGCCCCCUCAAAUAUUCAUAUCACUCAUGGAGCAAAUUUAAAACCUCAAUCUUCUUUGAACCUCCAUCUCCAGUCGACUUCUCAAGCUCCUUCGGCAGAUCAAAACAUGCCAUCUUCUCAAAUCCGUUUGGCAGGACAAGGGAAUCAACUUCUUGUAAAUGUUCUGACAGCCCAGAAUGACCACGGUGUUCAGAAUCCUCCUGCUAACAUCUCAUUUGGUUUCCUUAUUUCUGCGUGUUCCUCUAAGCCUCCUAAAAGGGUGGUCUUCAAUAACGGGGAACCAGAGGUACUCUCCUCUUCGGGCGGGAACUGUGUGGAGAGGGGUGCUGCCAGUGUAGAGAAGGAUGUUGAGGAUAUGGAGAAUGGGAAUCAGAAUCAUGAGGUGCAGAGGGAAGAUGCUUUGUCUUCUACUUCUAUUCCUGUUCUGGAUGCCUCUGGCGGGGACAUGUUGCUGAAUGAGUUAGAAGUUGAUAGAGAAAAGGAGAAUGAAAAUUCUGUUGAUGUGGAGGCCGAGAAUAGCGUGCUUGUUGGAAUGGUAUUGGGGAAGGUCAAGGUUCCUUGGAAAUAUAAACAGUUUAUUGAUGAUAUUUGUGGAAUUUUGCAUAGAUUUAAUAUCAAGGUUAGUCACAUUUUCAGGGAAGCUAACGGUCUUGCAGAUUUUCUGGCUUCUUAUGCUGUCAACGAAGCCUGCUGUUUUGAAUUUUUGGGUACUGAUUCGCUGCCUAUAGCUGGGAAGAUGAGGUUGCAUCACGAUCAACUUUCUUUGUCUACAUUGAGACGAAAAAUGAUCUUGGUUGAUAGCACUUGCAGGCAGCUUGAUACUGUUGACGUGCGCUUGAAUGGGAGACAGGAGCAGUUGCCUCUGUUGGUUGGGCUGGUUCUGGGGUCCUUUUGCUUUGGGCUGGUUCAUGUUGCUGGGGGUCUCCUGCGCCCUGCUGGUUUUGGGCUGUUCACGUGCACUGUUCAUGUGCACAGCUUGUUUAAUGCAGCUGCUGGCCCUCACUCUUCGGUUAUCUUCUAUCUUCAGCUGGGUUUUGAUGGCCUUUUACCUGGUUUUUCAGCUCGUCAAAAGCAAGCUGAUCAACGAUUUUCUAUGACCCCUUACAUAACACCUAGUGUCACUCCUACGGGAACUCCAAAAAUAAUUUCCACGAGCGUGUCCCCCAGAAGGUAUUCGGCUGCUGGAUCUCCUCAGAAAAGUUCUGCUACCACUUCUCCAAGAAAAAAUCAAUAUGAAGGACGGGGUACACUGUCUUCAUGGUACCCGUCAAGUUCAGUAGUCAUCAGCCGCAAACUCUCCUCCAAUUGGACGCCCAAUGCCAGGUUUGGAAAGCCUAUUGCAAUUUCCAAUUCGACUUCUGGCUCUUGUACUCCUAGAAUUGAUGGAAAGGAGUUCUUCCGCCAAGCCAGGAGUCGUCUAUCGUAUGAGCAGUUCAGUGCAUUUCUAGCUAACAUAAAUGAGUUAAAUGCUCAAAAACAAUCUCGUGAGGAAACUUUGCAUAAAGCAGAAGAUAUUUUUGGGAUGGAUAACAAAAAACUGUACUCAUCAUUCAAGGGAUUGCUUAAUCGCAACAUAAAUUAA